GGCAACUGCAGAAAAGAUCUGAUUUGCGAAAGACAGUGAAACAAUAUCUGGUUUCCUGUGAAAAUACACCAUUAUACCAACGGCAAAACAGAAAGCACAUUUGAUUCAAUAUGGAGGACCAUACAGAACAAUCUCAAGAAGCAACCACUGUACUUUAUUUAAACGAAAGUACACUUAACCUUUCAAAAGCAGGUGAAAACUUGUGCAACAGUUUUAAAUGCUACAUGGUCCUGACCCAACUAGAGAAGAAAACUAUUGGUGCGAUCUGCUUCCUAGCCGGCCCCGUGACGUUCCUGGAGAAUGUUCUGGUCCUGGGAGUCAUAGCCAGCUCUGCCACUCUGCGAAGUCGCCCAUCAUACCUCUUCAUCAGCAGCUUGGCACUGGCUGACACCUUUGCCAGCUGUUUCUUCACCACCAGUUUUUUAGAUUUCCAUCUGUAUAGUCGUGACGAUGGCCCUAAUAUGUAUCUGUUCAAGCUGGGCGGUGUCACAAUGGCUUUCACAUGCUCGGUGGGAAGUCUGUUGCUGACAGCGCUAGAUCGCUAUCUCUGCAUCUACCAGGCCUGCAAUUACAAGGUGCUACUCACGCGCACCAGGGCCAUUCUGGCUAUUUUGUUGUUAUGGUGUGUGACCGUUCUCAUUUCCUUCCUGCCUCUGAUGGGUUGGAGGUGCACAACCCAGUUGGAUCCUCCUUGCUCUCGUCUUUUCCCUUAUGUGGAUCAUCACUACCUGGCCUGCUGGACGGGCCUGCAACUUGUGGCGCUCUUUCUCAUCAUGGUGGCUUACGUCCUCAUACUGUGGAAAGCAAAUCGGCAUGAAGCAUCAAUGGGUGGAUCACAGAUAGGCAGACAAACUCUCAGAGGACAAGCUAGAAUGCGCAUGGACAUCCAGCUUGCACAGACCUUUAGUCUGAUCCUCCUAAUCCUUGCAGUGUGUUGGCUGCCAGUCCUUUCCUUUAUGAUGGUGGAUGUCUCUGUGACCCUUACGAACAAACAGCAGCGAAUGUUUGCUUUCUGUAGCACACUCUGCCUAGUGAACUCAUGUGUAAACCCGGUCCUGUACGCUCUGCGAUGCCGAGACCUGCGGGGAGAACUAUUAGCAUUGCUGGGAUGCUGCAAGGCAUGGAGGGAACGUACAUUUCAAGAUGAAGAAAAUGAUCACGGGGCUGCCAGAAAAAACAAUGAUCAGGCCCUCGAACAAAGUAACCGAGAAACUAUUUCUGAGAGUGUAGAUAGGCAGGAAAACAGCAUUCAGAUAUAAUACUGUACAUGUGAUGGUUUGAGUAUUUUGUUAAAAAAUGUGAUAACAUUUUAAUUCGACCGCAGUGUUUAUCUUAAACAUGUAACAAUAAUGUAAGCAAUAUGAAAAACAUCUGUCAUUUAUUACAUUACUUUAUAACCUUUCCUCAUACAUGCCUUGAAUUUUACUCAUUUCGUGUAUGUUUUUAUGUUCAUAAGUAUUAUGUUUAGAUUCUGUGAUCAGUUUCAGUAUCUUAUUCUCAUUUAAAUGUAAAAGUUGUAAACACAACAGGAAAUUUUAUUUUUUAAACAUACAAUAGGUCUGUGUAUUUUAUGAGAUGAACUUAGAUAACCCUGCUCUACCAGAGGUAAAAUGACCAACUAAACACACUCUGACUCAUCAGCUACUUUUUGACCAAAGCGUAUAAAAAAGGCCUCUGCCAAAACAUAAGUAGUUUAC